AUUUGGCUUCAGUUAGUGCUGGUUAUGGUACAAACUUAUUAGAAAAAUCGCCAACAAGUCCGCAUAAAACGCUAGAGGACCUUCUACCUAGUGCAUCUGAAAAAGCAUUGCAUCUUGUUCAAAAUUUGAUUGUUUUUAAUCCAAACCAUCGUUUAACAGCAGUUGAAGCUUUGGAACAUCCAUACGUAGCAAGGUACACAAAAGGAAUAGACAUGUGGUCACUUGGGUGCAUCCUCGGUGAAAUGCUCCUCGGAAAACCUUUGUUUCCGGGUAGUUCGACAAUCAAUCAAGUUGAAAGAAUCAUGGCAACACUUCCACCGCCUACGCCCGAAGAUUUGGCUUCAGUUAGUGCUGGUUAUGGUACAAACUUAUUAGAAAAAUCGCCAACAAGUCCGCAUAAAACGCUAGAGGACCUUCUACCUAGUGCAUCUGAAAAAGCAUUGCAUCUUGUUCAAAAUUUGAUUGUUUUUAAUCCAAACCAUCGUUUAACAGCAGUUGAAGCUUUGGAACAUCCAUACGUAGCAAGAAUCUCGAGCACUAACAUUUCUGUACAAUACGCUGGUAAUCGAAUGAACGGAAGCUUUCGAAACUUCACGCCAGGCCAAGCAAAGAGCUGUUUGUAUCUUAAUCAGAAUCAAAUAUCAAGAUCUCAACAUUCAAUGGAAUCGGAUCAGCGCAUCUCUUCAUACGGCUUUCAUGCACCAGAUACUCAAAAACCAAAAUUGCUUCGACCAUCUACCAUUAAUAGACCAGUCAUGAUACAAAAUCAGCAACAGUGCAGACUAAGUACCAAUAACGUUGGUCAUAAAAAGGAAAAAAUGGAAAAACUCCCAAAUUUUGAUGUCUUUCAUUAUAAUAAAUAUGUUACGAAAAUAUCACAGGUUUGUCACAAUCAUGGUAUAGUAUAAAAUAAGUUGUAAUUACCGUACAUACUAGUGUGAAUAACUUUUUAAACGUAUUCGUAAUGAUCAAUGAAUCCACCAAAGCAUACCUAGCUAAUAUAUUACAGUGAGAUGGACAUAA